AUGGACACCUUCAAUACUCCAAGCAAGCUUGAAAAGAUUGUGGGCAGGGACGCUACUGUGGAUUCGGGAAACCGAAUCCUCGUCGAAGAUAUCAACAUCGUUCUCCUGCAGUGUGCUCAGAGCGCCGGCUCGUUGACCUCGAUGAUCGCCACCGAGACCUACAGCUGGAACAAGUCUCAAAAACUGGACAUGGUCUCGCUGAAGGCUGCAUUGGCAGUUGUGACGAGCCGGACAGCUCGCAUCGACGGUCUCUUGGGUAUGUUCGAGGAGGCGCAGAGAAAGAAGAAGAACACUAUCGGCAUGCCGCAGGACAGCGACAGCUUCAAUGUGUCGCCAGAAUUGGAUGGCGCUGGUUCGAGCGCUCUUCACAAUGCUAAAGCCGUGACUGCACCUUGCUCGCCUGGCGUGAUCACCGACGGAGAGGAGAAAGUCGAGACCAUGCGUCCGAGAAAGUUCGACGAUGGUGGUUUUACCUGUAUCGGCAAUUCUCCAGACGCAUGGUCUGGCGUAGAGUCCGACUUGCCGGACGAAGAAGAGAAGGGACCCGUUUGGAACGAUGGUGGCUUCGGCCAACUCGACGAGUCCGAUGCACAGUCUGCCACGGAUCCUGACCAGCCGGAGGAGAGGGGUGAAGCUCUCGUCUGGGACGAUGGCGGUUUUGGCUGCAAUGACGACGAAUGCACUGUACAGUCUCCCGCGAACAAAGAGGACGAUUUGGUGUGGGACGAUGGUGGCUUUGAUGUGCCUAGUGAUGCAAUCGACGCGGUGCCGGAGACGGAGUCCGAGUUGACGCCUGCCACGCACGCCUCAAAGAAGGCGAAGAAGGUGGCCAAAGCCGAGUCUCCAGACUGGACCAUGGGUGAUCUGGGCGAUCAUUGUGCAACAGCCAGUCCUACCUCUGGGGAUCUGUCCCAAAAAGGGAAGAAAACGCAUUCUUGUUACAAAGAUGGAGGCAUCACCAAACAGCAGCUCCGAGAUGCCUUCGAUAUGAUGCUCAGCAUGAAUCACGAUCUGCCGCGUAUCGCAAGUGUUGCGACCGAGGGUACGGACCAGGUUCACUGUGUGGUAAACGGUCAUGCCGAGUCACCGCCAGUCAUGAAGUCUUCGAGGAAGCACAAGAAGAUGCCAAAGAAGACGGCCGAGGAAUUGCAGGACUGCGAAGAUCGGAUCACCACUCCCCUUUCGCCGCAAUGGACAGUGUCGGCUCAGUCUACAUCGCCACCAGCGGCGAAGUCACCGAAGAAGAGCAAGAAGGAGGCCAAAGUGCUUUCAGGGUGGAUUGACAACACCUUGAUCGGUCUUGAUCUUGUUGACGAGCUCACUGACGCUGAUACUGCGCCGUUGUCUGGCACGGAUGCCGACUUGCCGUGUGGCAAGCCAUCGGCAGUGCCAGAUCCAUGGGUUUGGCCACCAGUGACAAAACCCUCGAAAAAGGGAAAAAAGAAGAACGAGAAGCUCUGUACAGGCUGGGUCAACAGCAAUGGCCGAUCUGCAUCUGGAGAAUGA